AUGGAGGACCUGAGCAUUGUGCUCGUUGUUAUUUUCUGUCUUAUUUUUAUCGUCGCGCCGCUAACGGGCGUCAUCUCUUCCUACCGGCGAUCAGCUCGUGCCAUAGCCGCAACUGACCCAGGGCCGAAAGAGCUAGGUCGCGCGCGAAGGAAGCUGAGUACCGUGACCGCGUGCUCGACGCAUCCUGUGGAGGAUACCGAGGCCGCAGCUGCUCAGCUGGACCUUGGAGAAUGUCCCAUCUGCAUUGGCCCCUUGGUCCCCGAACCAGCGCACAUGGAUGGCAGCCGCAUACGGCUCGCGCUCGACGAGCUCACCACGGCCGCAGCGAGUCGACAGAGUAAGAGGGCCAGGUUCUGCCGGGGCAGGCUCAGUUUCAAGGGUGCAUUGCCGACGACCGGGUCGCAGAGGACAGGCAAUGGCGGUGCCGUGGAGGAGGGAAUGGACGACGUGUUGACCCUGAACAGCUGCGGUCACGCCUUCCACGCACGAUGCUUAGCGACUGAGUCUGCUAGUGACAAUGGCGAGCUCAGCUUGGCGUACGGAGAGAUGCACACCUCUGGUGUGGUACUCGACGGGAACAUGAAGGCUCCAAUGUACCCUAAUAUGCUCGACAAGAAAACUGAGAGCAAGACACCGCAGCUCAACGGAAGCAUAUCGACUUCGACAUUCAGCAGCCGCGGCGACCAAUGGGCACGUCUGCCGCUCAUGCAGACGCCGUUGACAGCCAACAGGGUCACGGUGAUAUACUUGCCAAGAUUGUAUAGCAACUCGCGCGCCUGA